AUGGACUUGGACCAAGUUGAAGAAAGGAUAAAAAAACUUGAAGAAAAUAUUGCCAAAUUCGAGGAGCAGGAAUUACGCAACAUAGAAAAUAUAAAAAAUGAAAUAAAACUUCUUGACACACAUGUGAGUGAAAUGAACAAAAAAAAAAACAGCAAAAAAUUGCUACACGCGAACAAAUGCUUUGCACAAAAAUUAUUGCAAAAAAAGGAAAAUUGUAACAAAAAAAAAAAAUAUAUGAAAGAUAUAAAAAGGGAUGUUCUUUUUCAAAUAAAAUUAGUAAAGGACGAAAACAACGCAAAAAAAAAAAAUGAAAACUUGUUGCACAAACAUUUUAACUUCCAACACUUAAAAGAAUUCACAGACCAAGUGAAGCAAAACUUUUUAAUGUUAAAUGUUCGGAGAGAAUAUUCCAUAAAGUCUAUCUUUGAAGAAAUUAGCAAAAUUAAAAAUAAAUCCAUUGCAUAUUUGAAUAAAUUCUUAAUCAUACAAAAAGAAAUUAACUCCCUUCUGCAGACGAUAAAUAAUAAUGCCUUGACUGAUAUUUUCGUCCUGGCCAAAAAUUCCUUGCUAUUUCAGAAGGAAGUGGCGAAUAUGUUUCAGCGUUUUUACCACCAGGUGGAAAAUUCCAUCACCGGGCUGUAA